CCCGGGCCCGCCCCGGGGCCCGCCGCCUCUUCCCGUGAGAGGUGGGGGGCGGGUCCGGCCGCGGAACCUGCGCCUGCGCCCGCGCUGCGGACGCGGCGACCGGUUUUUCUGACCCAGCUGGAAGGGCCGGCGCAGGUGGCCUCGAGUGCGUGUUCCUCUUGGCCUCUGAUGUCUGCGAGGGGAAUUCAGCAACAGGGACUCCUGUCUGGUGCUCUGACCCCAGCUUCCUCAAUCCAGGCUCUAGAGAGGCGCCCUCAGCCGAGCCCCGGGGUCCCGCGGGCCGCGGACCCUCUCUCCCUUUCCCUGCUCUGCACCCCGGGACGGCGCUCCGUCCUGGGCGGAUGCCCCUCUGCGCCCUGUGGGCCCGCGCCGGCGCUUGUCCCCGUCCCGACCUGGGUUGGCCAUCACCCUGCGUUGGGUCGGGGGCUGUGUUUGUGCUUUCUGGCAUUGUAUUCGGCCCCGAGCGCUUACUGGACACUCAACAAAUGGCUGUCCCUUCUCUGGCUGCUGUCUGCUAGCCCUCUCACCAGCCUGGCUCUGUCAUUCGGCCUGUCUGCUUUAAGGAAUACUCAGUCUACCCCAGCGCACUCCCUCUGCUUGAAGAGCGGGCUGGAAGGAGAAAGGUGUCCUCUUUCUGCUCAUGUGGAAAUUGCCUGGGAAGCUAGUAAGCUGUUGGCUCUGAAGGCAGUUGGCUGUCCUGAGUUUUCGAGUCCCUUGGAAGGAUUCUGGGGAGUUGGCCGAUUGGCUGCAGACCCGAGCUCAUCUGACGAUGUGAACAGCCUCCUGAGACCUGCAGGAAUGUGAUGACAUCAGUCCUUGUCCCCCUAGCUGGUCCACGUUAGCUCGUGGGAUCCUCUGAUGACCUCCCUGGAAGGAGACGCUCCCUUACAGAUGGGGAAGCUGGGCCUUUUGGCUGAAGUCAUUGAUUCCUGAGGUCACAUGGUUGUAGGUGAGCUGGGAUUACUCAGUGGCCUGGCCGGGUAUGGGCGCCUGUGGAUCUUGGCGGGGGUGUGGGCUGCUCAGCGCUGGGUGACUGAUGUGUGAGGCCACGGCACUGUGGGUUCUUGCCUGCCGGGCCUCCCUCCACGUUUGGGUUUGCAGGGGUCCUGACUCCUGACUCCGGGCAUGUCCACGUGAGGGGGGAGGAUCACUAAACUCUGUAAACAUCAUGGGGAUUUUUAAGAACAUCCUUGCUCAGGCCUGGGGUUGCUAUGUUUCUGUGUUCUUGGCUCACUGUGUUUUCCUGGAAAAAUAAAUAAAUAAAAAACACUGGCCAAUAGGUUUAUUGCCAUA